ACAAUCAGAACAAAAUUAAAAGGUUGAGAUUUUAUAUAUUAAGGUGCUGCAUAAAUACAAAGAGCAGCUGAUAUGGCCUAAUGCCUAUCGAGCCAACAGCUGUGCCAAGCAAACGAGUUGGCAGCCCAGCCCAAGUCAGUGUUUAUUCGGAUCGCGACUCAAAAACAACUGGCGAUUGGAAUCGAAGUUUGUGACUUACGAAGUUACUCGUGGCUUACGGAUACGCAUUUACUCCAGCUUUGACCAAAGCGGCUUAGCUUCGCUGCGCCAAAUGGUAUCAAAUGGACCUGGAUCGUUUGGCGGUUUCGCUCCGGGUUUUCCCUUCAUAAACACAGAACAACCGAACCAACUGAAGUGAACUGAAAGUCUCUAUUUGUGCAAUUGUUUGUUUAAAGUGCGUGUGAACGUGAUACUCUAACAAAACUAUUCGGAUCAGUGGUACAAAUCGAAAACCGCAGCUCUCGUAAUUAGCCUGCUGAAACCAGCUCGAAGUAGGUCGGAUGUCAAAGGGAUUUGAGUGAGACUGCAAUCACCGCCGACAUUUUGGAGCUGCAAGCGACUUUAUCCCCAAAGUCAUAGAAGUUGAGCUCUUCAGCGGCGUAUUGUGGCUCUUCUGGUCGUUCACAUUGCCGCUGCCAUUUCAAUUUGCAAUCUGUAAAAGUGCAGAGCGCAAAGAACAAUCGCCUGGCCCAAAGCCACAAGCACCAAAGGCAUCUGGCCACGGGGACGAGGAGAGUGGCACAAUAGACAAAGUGUAUCAAUUAUAAUACGGGCACAAGGCGAAGGAUCCCCAACUGGGGGCCAAAGGUAGGGGAACCGGGAUUCAGUAGCCAGUAGCCAGGAGUCCAGGAGUUGGAGCCAACACAAAGAGAAAAGCAACUAAAGACAACCACACUCACACGCACACACAGACAUGUUGGCUACGACAAGUACAACCACAAUUACCUCGGAUCCGGGCAUCCUCUGUUUUCAUCACUGCAACGUGAAAGUUUUCUGCUUCACUUUGCCGCACACUUGUCCCCAUUGCAAUGCCCCACUGGACGCGGAUGCCGAUGCGGAUGCAGAUGCGGAUGCGGAUGGGGAUGGGAAUGCGGAUCCGAGUGCGCAACUAGACAGGGCCGUGCCACGCCUCCUGCUCCUGCCCUUCCGCCUGCCAUAUCCUUUUGUGCGGGCCACGCAGCAUCCGUGCGCCAUUGUCCUGCGUCCCUCCGCCGGCGAUUUCCUCAACGAUUACAGCAACGCCACCGAUUUGCAUAUCGCAGUGACCACAUCCGGCGGCGACAUCGUGGAGUUCGAUCGCUUUGGCCUGCGCCGCCAUCGGCGGGAUGAUAAUCCUCCGGAGUGGCGGCAGUCGCUGAUGGUGGGCGAUGUGCCGGAGCCGUGGCACGACUUCUGGGACGAGGUCCUGCAGCAGAUCUGCGCCCAAUCGGUGCGUUGGUCCAUCGCCAGCUAUGCGGAGGAGAGCCACAACUGCUACGCCUUCGUCCUGGCCUUCCUGCAGGCCCUGGGCCACGCCCACCUGAGCGAGGCCGCCCGCAGCAAAACCGCCUUCUGCGAACGGUGCAUUGUGCCAAGGACGACGACGGCGGGCAAGUACAUCUCGCUGUAUCGCAAAAUCCGCAGGAGCGGCAUCUACGUCCAUCGCCAGCAGCCCAAAAACCGCUGUAAGCCAGCAUCCGCAACUUCUCCAAGUUCCUGCCCCUCGGACUCGUGCGAUGGCCUUGGCAGCAACAAAAAGGUCUCAAAGAAAGGAUACUCCGGCAGCAGUAUUACAGGACUUGCCAGCCGUCCGCGGCCAACGCUCUGCACCAUCGAAGAGUAGUUAAUCUAUUAGCGAGAAAUUGUGUUUGCAACCUUACGAAGACUUUAUUGUAGUUACAUUUAAUAAAUGGAUAACAACAAACUUUACUUUAAUUUUACAAAAGAAAAACUUU